AUGCCUCUCCCUCUUUCUUAUCCAGGACUUAAAUGUAUUCUGCAGCAUUUGGAGGCAGUUAAGCGUGCACAUAUUGUUGCCCGCUCUCCAGGCCUUCAAAAAGUGGAUAAAUCGAUUCCAUUUUGUUUGGAGGAUUUAUAUUUGAACAGAGACCAAAUAACCGUCAACAGAUUAAUAAUUAAAUACGAUAAAGAUAAAGUGGAAUUCAAAUUGAAUGGGAAAACGUUCAAUCGGAAGGGAUUAGAAAGCCAAGAAGAUAAAAUGAAGAAAUUGAUAAACUUUUAUUUCUGUGGAAAAUCAAUCAUCAAUGUAAACUGGUUGGGUUGGAAUCUUUAUUCCCUCCCAGAUUCUGUCGAUCUGAAAAUUAGAGUCAAUUCUUUGGGUGCACUCUACUCAUGUUUCAAUGCCGCAAUUACUUUCAUUGACCCUCGUAGUUUUCCUCUAAAAACUCUGAUCACUUCUAUCGCCAACACCUCAACCUACGACGACCAAGUUGUUAAGUCAGCUGAAACCUUUAAUCUGACUCUCAUUAAUUAUCAGAUAGUCACUGUUGAAUCCCUUAAGAAGCUUAACAACAAAAAAGUGGUAUUCAACUACUGUAGCUCCUCGAGAAUUGAAAUGGUUUCAUUGAUUAAAUAUUAUAUUGAAACAAAGAAAGCGGUUGAGACCACUUUCAUGAUCUCAAGCAAUAUCAAAUUUUUUAUCGAAUUCAUGUUAAUUGAGUUUGAACUUGCAUUUGGUGAUUUCCUAUGCGAUUUGGAUGGCGUUAAUGAGAGAUUUAUUCCCGGAUGGCCCAAGUUCUCCAUCCCAAUCAACAACGACUCUAGAAUCCAAGUAUACGCAAUCGAAAAUCCAGAAGAAGGUGGUGGAUGGAAAAUUGUGUUGAAACCAGUCUUAGGAUUAUGA